ACUAAAUAUAAUUGUAAUUUUGACACAAACUAGUUUCUAAUAACCUGGUUGGUAAUUUUUUUUAUGUAAUAGAGACAAUUGAACUAGUGUAUGUGAAACGCAAUCAUAUCAGUGGUUCGACAGGAAAAAAAUCCUUCUAUUAGAGUCUAAGUUGGUAUAUGAGCAAGUCCAGUACAAAAUACUGUCUGUACCAUUAACCAUUCAUAUACAACUUUCGAUACAAUUUUACAAUGCUCGAGUUAAACAUGUGACGUGGUCCCAUCAACUCAUGAGUUUUCUCUAGUAUAUCUUCAAUCGCUUGAUCUCUCCUUAGUAAUCAGUGAAAGGACUUCAAAAAGGAUAAAUCAGCUUAAAAAGCAAGUGGCAUUCCUGUUAUUAUUCGUCAAAACGAUGUCAAGUUUCGUUCUCGCCUUCGCUUAAAACCCCAACGCGCAGGCCACAUUUCACUCCCUCCUGAAUCCUCGGCCACCACACACACUCCACAAAAUUGAACCCAAACAACAGAAAACCAGAGAGAGGCGAAGAAAGAGAGAAGAAGAUCGAAGAAAAAAGAAUUCAGAAGAAAUGGGAAGAAGCAGCAGCAGCUUCCAGGGGAGCGGAAUCCUCCUGAUCUGCGCAAUCCUGGCGGCGCACCUCGCCAUAUCCACAUCGAAGGCCAUCGACUUCCUCCCGGCCCUCAACUCCCCCGGCGCCGGAUGCAACGGAUCCAUCGCCGAGUGUAUGGCGGCGGGCAGUGUUGGAGACGACAACGGCGACGGCGAGGAGUUCGCGAUGGAGUCGGAGUCAGCCCGCCGGAUUCUGGCGGCGAGCAGGUACAUUAGCUACGGCGCGCUGAAGCGGAACAGCGUUCCUUGCUCGAGGCGCGGCGCGUCGUACUACAAUUGCCACGCCGGAGCUCAGGCCAACCCCUACCACCGCGGCUGCAGCCACAUUACUCGCUGCCGCUACUGAAUUUAUCCCUCUUUCUUUCUUUUUUCUUUUCUUUUUUCCACAUAGUGAUAUAUAUUUAUAAUAUAUACUUACUAAUAACUAUAAUUGGUUUGAUUUUGUGUCUGAUGUAAUACAAAACAUUGAGAGUGAGGAGAAAUGUUGAAUCUUUCAUAUAUAAAAACACACGGCGAGAUUUGUUAUGAAAUUGAGAGUUAACCGAAGUUCAAUUUCGUGCUGUGUAAUAUUAUAUUGUCGAAUCACAUCAGUGAUGUUAAAUUAGUGUCGUUGAUCAAGAUGUUGCGUGAUGUUAUUAUUCAGUCAUAAACUUACACUAUCGAG